AUGGGCGUCGGGGAGUGGACUCGGGGACCGACGAUCGGCAGGGGCUCCUCGGCCACCGUGUCGCUCGCCGUCGACCGCCUCACCGGGGAACUGCUCGCGGUGAAGUCGGUGGGCGCCGACCGGGCUGCCGAGCUCCGGCGGGAGCAGAGUAUCCUCGGUGGCCUGAGCUCUCCGUACGUCGUGCGCUGCCUUGGCUCGGAAGUAUCGGCGUCGUCGGACGGCAGCGGCGGGUGCGACAUGCUGAUGGAGUACGCGCCGGGCGGGUCGCUGGCCGACGAGAUCAGGCAGCGACGCGGCGGGCGGUGCGAGGAGUCGCUGAUCCGUUCCCGCGCGCGCGACAUCCUGCGCGGGCUGGCGCACGCGCACGCCGCCGGGGUCGCGCACUGCGACGUCAAGGCCCGGAACGUGCUCAUCGGCGCCGACGGCCGCGCCAUGAUCGCCGACUUCGGGUGCGCGCGGCGCAUUGCGGGCCAGAGGCUGGCGGUCGGUGGCACGCCGGCGUUCAUGUCGCCGGAGGCCGCGCGGGGCGAGGCGCAGGGCCCUGCGGCGGACGUUUGGGCGCUCGGGUGCACGGUCAUCGAGAUGGCCACCGGCGCCGCGCCGUGGCAGCGGUUCGGCAGCCCUGUGGCGAUGCUGCACCACGUCGCGUCCUCGGGGGAGGCGCCGGAGGUACCGCUUUGGCUGUCGGAGGAAGGGAAGGACUUCCUGGGCAGGUGCCUGCUGCAGGACGCCGGGGAGCGGUGGACGGCGGAGCAGCUGCUGGAGCACGAGUUCUUGGCAUUUGACGCCGCGGUGUCGUCGUCCAUCUCCGUGGCAGGGAUCACCACCCAGAAGGGGAUGUUCGUGUCCCCCAAGAGCGUCCUCGACCAGGCAUUUUGGAAGGAAGACGACGAUGACACGACCGCGGACACCGUUACCGCCGGUCCCAUCGACAGAGUCCGCGGCCUGGCCGCCGGUGCACCGGACUGGACCUGGGACGCGAGCUGGAUCACGGUCCAUUCCUCCGGCCCCAGCAGCGACUACGACGACGACGAGGAGGAGCUAGCAAUGUACACAGAUACCGACAGCGAUUCCCCCGUCGGCGGCAGCAGCACCACCUCGGUUGGGUCCUCGAACAGCCAGGCCUCACAUGCCAAUUGCGAUCGUUACGAUGACAGGAGCAGCUGUAAUGGGGAGCGGGGUGAUUAUGGUGAUCACGGGAUUAAUGAUUGUACAUUUGCAAUCACAAGCAAUGGAUUCUUUUCCGAUAUGUUAUUGUUCGACCCGGCUGGCUGUCCAAUUUUACCUUUUCGCCUGCUGAGAUGUGCAGAGGCAAGCAAAUUUCGGUAUGCUCCACUAGCGGAUGAGGAUAAGAUGAGGGAGAUUUUUGAGCAACAUAGUGUUACAAAUGAAUAUGCGAGGGUGCCAAUUCCAUCAUCUCAAGUUGAGACCUCUCAUAUUAAUGUUCUGAAUGAUGAUGACUCUGGAUGUGAAGAAGUUACACCUACCCAGGUUCUGGGUAAAGGUGGAAAGAAGAGAGCAUGUCCUUAUUCACCUAGCCCAACAUUAGUUAAAAAGGUGGCAAAGGUUGAUGAAGAGAAAACGGCAUUCACACGUAUGGUAGAUUUGUUUGCCAAGAGGGAAGAGAAAAGAAAUUCUGUGCCGUCUGAACCUAUAAUGACUGUUGAUCCAGUAAAAGUAGAGUUCAAAGAGAUGAUGACCAUGGUGGUCAAAGCUGGAGGUUUGCCUGGAAGUGAUGAGCAUUUCUAUGCUUCAUAG